AUGCGACUUUGGACUCCCACCAUGAUGGCUCUCAAAUUCUUCCGACCAAUGAUGAAAGUGUCCCCGCAAGUGGUGAUAGUGUCCCCGCUACUUCACGCCCUUUUCGUCCCCCGCAAAGUAAGGCCUGCUCCACAGACGAGCACAAAUAGUAUCCAAAACUCGCUGACAGGCCAUCUAAACUUGGACGCUAAUGCUAAUGAGGAACCUCUUGUUGAAGAAGAAGUUGACGAGCUCCAUGAUGCUCCUGUGGUUCAGAGUCGCAGGGGACGCAAGACUACAGAGUUUUGGACUGUUAAGAUCAUAAAUUCUGAGGGCACAAUCAAGCGGGCAAAACUAAGCGUGAGGGAUGCUAUGGCACGACCUAAUGGUAGGAAGAUCAUGCUUAGGUUCAACAACGCAAAGCAAGCAGUUGGAGACGAAGCUGGACUGUUGAGUGGCGUGCUUGGUCUGCUGGGAUCUGAUUAUGGAAAAUUUCCCAUCUGUAGAAAAAGUUGGCAUCAGAUUACCACUAAAGACAAAAUUUAUAACGAAUGUGUCAAGUCAGAAGAACAAGGAAGGAUAGUCGGUAGAGGAGAGUUAUGGAUAAAGGUGCACAAAAAGAAGGAUGGCUCAUAUAUGAACGAUGAAGCAAGAGCAAUUGGUGUAAGUAGUACUUGUUAA